UUCCGCGAUCAAGUCUCAGAGCUUUCACCGGCCAAGUUCUUUUUCUCGCUAUCCAGCCCUCCGAGUCAAGUAAGUUUCCCCUUCCUUCUCUGCUUUCUUUCCCGGUCAUGUCGUCUCUUAGCGAUAGGAUUCCGUCCUUAGAGGACUGUUCCUCUGAGGGCUCUAACUCAUCUUCUUCGACCGGGCCUCCUUCUCUUGACCCCCUGCCCGGUCAGGCUCCCAACCCCUCCAUACCUGAGCCGCAGCCUGUAAAUCAAAUGCCCGGUCAGGUUGCUACGGAGAGGGAUGAACCGGUUGAUGACGAACCGGGUCCCUAUGACCCUGAAAACGAAACCCGGGAUGCGUGGGAGGAGCGGCUUCACGCCGCCGGUUACUUUCCGCUCCCCACCUUCUACGUCCUUGACAUUCCUUCCCAUGUAUCCAAAAUCGCCUUGAAUAAAAUUCGUAGGAGGCUCCCGGAUGGGUAUACCCUCUUGUACGAACCCAACUGGCCCAACAUUGUUGAACCCCACCGGGUAGAUAGGAUAGGGUUUCACACCAUAUCACUGGACGCAGGCAUCGUUUUCCCCCUUCGCCCCCUCCUAACUGAAGUCUGCCAUGCGUUCAGGAUUUUGCCCGUCUUGCCGGGGGGAACCGGUUGCGAAGGUUUUGUGUACUUCAAAGGUCGAACCGGUAGGAAAUUCAUCUCUGACGUCCCUCAAAGCAACCGGGGAUGGAAAGAAAAGUUUGUCUUUAUUGAGUUCCCUCCUUUUGUCACCCCUUUGGCCGGUCUAAAAUGGAACGACCAUCUUCUUAACCACGAGUAUGCCACACCGGCCACCUCCCCUGACUUGGAAGCGAGUCUGGAAAUCCUCCUCCGCGGUGAUCCACUCACUGGGAGGAAGUAUAACUAUGGAAGCUGGGUUUGGAGGGUAGAAUCGGGUGGUGAGGGUACCUACCAGGCCCAUGACGCAACGGGGCGCGGGGUACCCUCCCCGGGCAACACUGCAGAGGCUGAGGGCAACUCCCACUCAGACAUGGAGUUCGAGGAGUAUGCCAUGCCUGAAGACAAGCCAGAAGGAGAGACCGGUGGUUCUCAGACUGGUGCCGCCAAAACUUUCACGGUCCACCCUGAGACCGUGGAAGUCCAUGAUUUGGACGAUGAUGAGCCCCCCACCGACCGGUCAAAAGAGAAAGGCAAGGAAAAGACCGGGCGUCGUCAGAAGAAGGUGGCCACCACCCACCCCUCUUAUGCAAAGAAGAGGACAAGGUCAGGUUCUGAGCCGGCCUCCCAGACUAUUGAAGAGGCCUUUGUUAACUUAGGCCUGAGACUGAAGGAGAAGGGGGAGAUUGGGCCCUAUGCAGUUGAACAGCUGGGGAUGGGAUCCCCUUCAGAGGUCGCCCGGCUAAAGAAGGAGAACGAAGAGAUGGCCCUAAUUUUGAAGAGCCAGGCAGAUGAGCUGAUCCGUCUGUCUGGUAUGGCCGGGACAAUGAAGACGGAGAACUCCCAGCUGAAGGAGGAGAACGGCCGGCUCAUGGAUGAAGUUUCUGAGGCUAAGAGGGAGAUGGCGGAGAAGGAAGAAACCUUCCCCGGGCGCGCAGCCGCCUGGGUUGAAGAGAACAAAGCCGAUGCUGCCCGGGUGAUGACGGCGACGCCAGAGGCAACCAUGGAAUCCUUCAGGUUCCUAUACCGGGAACCUGAAGGGAGAAAAAUGAUCACCGCCAUCGGAUCCUUUGGAUUCAAGAGUGGUCAGAAGAAGGACCGGAUCGCCUCCCACCGGGUUUUGCUGAAAAGGGACCCGGCUUUCACCGCUGCUUCCUACGGCUUGGCUCCGAUCCCAGAAGAAGAACCAACUCCCCCUUUCCCCCUUGAAUGAACUUCCCGGCUGCGACCGGUUAAGUCUUAAUUUUGUAAAACUUUGAACUUAUUUUCCCGGGAAUGCCCGGUGUAACUGUAAAACACAUAACAUUCUUAUUGCGUUUGAAUGCCAUGUUUGUUUUUCGUACUGUUUAAACUCCCUUAUCUGCUCGCCCUUAAUUGAUAUUUUGCUUUUGCUUCUUGAAAUGCCUUCGCAAACCUUUUUACCGGUUAAGCUUCGAUUCUUUGCUUUGCUUCUUGAUAGCAUCCAACCGGUGUAACUCCAGCUUGUUUUCGGA